UGUUUCUCUCUCUAUAUAUGUUGGGCUAUCAUCCUCUUUUCCUUCAACCUUCUUCCUUCUUGGAAUGGCAUCAAAGGAAUCACUCUCCUCUCCCUCUUCUCCUCCCCUCUCUUCCAGCAGGGGGGUAUGCAGGUGGUGGUCGGAGGAGACAGUGGCGGUGGUGACGGGAGCAAACAAAGGGAUAGGGUUUGCCAUUGUUAAGCGGUUGGCAGAGGCGGGGCUGACUGUAAUCCUAACAGCCAGAGACAGCGGAAGGGGGCGGAAAGCGGCGGAAUUGCUCAGGGCUCUGGGACUCAACAAUGUCCACUUCUUUGUCCUUGACGUCUCCAAUCCCCACUCCAUCACAACCUUCGUUUCAUGGUUCAAACCCAGAUUUCAUGCCUUGGACAUCCUCGUGAACAAUGCUGCAGUAUCCUUCAAUGGCAUCCAUGAGAACUCGGUUGAGCAUGCAGAGACAGUGAUCAAUACAAAUUUCUACGGACCAAAGCUGCUCAUUGAAGCCCUCUUGCCCUUGUUUCGCCUCUCCACCUCUCAAGCCCGGAUCCUGAAUAUCAGCUCAAGGCUCGGCCUGCUAAACAAGCUCAGAAAUCCGAAGAUGAAGCAGAUGCUUGAAGAUGAAGAAGAAAAGCUAUCCGAGGAGCAAAUCGAGCAGCUCGUGAGUUUGUUUCUAGAAGACGUGAAGAAGGGCACAUGGAAAAGCCAAGGCUGGCCGGAGUCAUGGACGGAUUAUGCCGUGUCUAAGCUCGCACUGAAUUCAUACUCAAAGGUGGUGGCAAAGCGCUACAAAGGCUGUGGCUUGAGCGUCAACUGCUUCUGCCCUGGCUUCACUCAGACUUCCAUGACCGGCGGCCAGGGAGCUUACACCGCCGGUGAGGCUGCAGAGAUAGCCGCCGGGCUAGUCUUGCUGCCACCCCAACAGCUACCCACCGGAAAGUUCUACAUAAAUCGCCACGCUCUUGUACGUUCUAACUUAUAGAUUGAUAUGCAUGUAUGUAUUUUUUUGAGGGUUUUGCUUAUUUGCAUGGGAGGAAGGAGAGUAAAUAUCUUUUAUCAUUUGAGAAUUGUAACAUAGCAGAGUGAUCAAUAUUAUCUAACAGUAAAAACGUAACUUGAACUA